AUGUCCAAGACUGCGGAUCAGAAGAAGAGUCUGGACUUCUACAAGAUCCUCGGAGUGCCCAAAGGAGCAGGAGAUGGUCAGAUCAAGAGUGCUUAUCGGAAGCUUGCGAUCCAGUACCACCCGGACAAGACGGCGGGCGAUGCUGAGCUCGAAGAAAGAUUCAAAGAGAUCUCCGCUGCAUACGCGGUUCUGUCGGAUCCCCAGAAGAGGAGGCAGUACGACAUGCUGGGAGACGCGGCUGUAGACAUCGAGGUCUUCGUGCGGGGUGUGGAGGAGGAGUCAGUUUCUGACCUGCCGUGGGGUCAGGCGGUGGACAUGGAGCAGAUGACGUUCGGCACAACUCUCGUUGCUGCUUUGUUCAGUAAGCUGGGAGCUCCGAUCCCGACUGCGAUCCCUCAGCGGACUCUAGACCUCGCUGCAAGCUUUGAAGCACGACAGCAGCUCACUGCCGUUGGGCAGGGGGAGAAAAUCACGUGGAACAGCACGACGGAGGGGAAGAUUUCAACCCACGGAGUGAAGUUCUACUUUGGAGAAGUGACAGAGGAAGAGGCAAAGAGAGGUGCACGACGAGGAGGAGGCCCCUCCUGUGUUUCGACGGCUGGAGACGCUGACGGCCUCUCGGGGGGAGAGAAGAGAAGAAGGGACAAGAAGGCGAGGUACUCUCCCCUUCGGCCUGGAGAAGUUUUGUUUGCUGUGCAAGGCGACAAUUUCUUCAGGGAAGUGAAAUAUACCAUCCACUUCAACGUAUGCGAUCUUGAAGCCAAGGAGGAAAUUUUGUCAGCGGAAGAGAAAUUAAGUCAAAAGCAAAGAGAGCUCCACCAGCUCGAGCAGGAGUACUGGGAGGCCAAGAGCAAGUACGAGAAAAUUCUGGCCAGGGUGAAACUUGAGAUGAUGACGAGCUUGCGGUUGUACUGA